ACCAAACUUAUCAUUCAUGGCUAUAUUAAAAGUUCUGCUAAAGAUUCAGUGUCUUGUCUUGUUACUUAUAUGGCUGCAAUUAGCUUCUGCAGAAAUUCCGAGCACUGCUUCCAGAGUGGCAAAGCCUGGUUGUCAAGAUCAGUGUGGGAAUAACGUCAGCAUACCAUACCCAUUCGGUAUCGGUGAUGGUUGUUUCAUAGAAAAGAAGUUCGAAAUAAAAUGCAACAACACUGAACCUAGGCUUGGAAAUGUACCGGUCACGGAUAUAUCGGUACUCGAUGGUCAGAUGACAAUUACAAGCCCAAUAGCCGACACUUGUUCCAAAUAUCCAUCGUGGAUUUCUCUCUUUUUAGCAAAUUUUACCGCGUCUACUAAGAAAAACAAAUUGAUAUCUAUUGGCUGUGACACCAGGGCAAAUCUAACUAGUAGUACUGGUAGUAUACAGCAGACUGCUGAUUGGUGUUCAGACUGUAGUAGAAACGAAAAUACCACUGAUGGGUCUUGCAAUGGUAUGGGUUGUUGUGAGACCUCCAUCGAAGCUGGAAUGAAGGGAUAUAAUGUGACAGUUGAAAGAAAGUACCCUAGGAAGAAUUUGGGGAUUUAUAAUCCAUGUAGUUAUGCUUUUGUUGCUGAAGAAAGUUCGUUCAGGUUUUCCUUAUCCUAUCUCCAAGAUUUUAAAAAUAAUGGAAUUGGAAGAGUCCCGGUAGUUCUUGAUUGGACUAUGAGUUUUAAAGAUACAUGCGAUGUAGCAGAAACACAUAAGACGAGCUAUGCCUGCGGACCUAACGCUGUAUGCAUACCAGGAAAUAAUAAUACGCCAGGUUAUCUAUGUAAGUGUAAAAAGGGAUAUGAAGGAAAUCCUUACCUUAACAAUACUAGUGGUGGUCAUUGCCAAGAUAUUGAUGAAUGCGAUAGGAAACUAUAUGAUAAUAAACAAUGUGAAAGUAAAGGAAAUAUUUGCAUUAAUACGGAUGGGGGAUACAAGUGUCCUUGCAAACCGGGAUUCAAUUCUAAAUACGAAGCAAAUGACAUCUCCUAUUGCGAUUCUAAUCGGAGUAACUCUAAGAAGAUUGGUGUUGGUGUGUCCGUAGGCUUAGUGAUUCUUGUGAUUAGCUUUUGGUUGUAUUGGGGAUAUAGGAAAAGAAAGCACAUGAAAGUUAAGGAGGAAUUCUUCAAGCAAAAUGGUGGCUUGAUUUUAAACCGUCUCCUUAAUGAACGGGAAGAGGAUAUGGAGUCUAGCCGAAAUGGAAGAGCUGGAAGAAAUCAACGAUCAAUUGCUACAAUAUACACCGAGAAGGAGCUAAGCAAGGCGACUAAUAACUAUCACGAAACUCAAAUUCUUGGACGAGGAGGGUUUGGAACGGUGUAUAAAGGAAUCUUAUCGAACGGAACUGUGGUUGCAAUCAAGAAGACAAAAUUUGUCGAUAGGAAGCAGAAUGAGCAAUUCAUAAACGAAAUUGCUGUUCUAUCACAAAUUAAUCACAAAAAUGUGGUUCAGCUCUUGGGUUGUUGUCUGGAAAGCGAAGUUCCCUUGCUAGUUUAUGAAUUUGUAACUAAUGGGACACUUCACCAACACUUGCACGAAGGCCGUGAGAACCAGACUGGGUCCUUUACUCUCUCAUGGGAAACUCGUGUAAGGAUUUCCUUAGAAAUUGCAGGAGCAUUAGCUUACCUGCACUCUGAAGCUUCCAUACCCAUAAUCCACAGAGAUGUCAAGUCAAGUAAUGUACUUCUAGACGAUGAUUGCAAAGCAAAAGUUUCCGAUUUCGGUGCUUCAAGGCUAAAUCCUACGGAUCAAGCUCAGUUAAGCACGGUAGUUCAAGGUACUUUUGGGUACUUAGACCCAGAAUAUAUGCUGUCAAACAAACUAACAGAGAAAAGCGAUGUGUACAGCUUCGGUGUUUUGCUUGUAGAACUGCUAACAGGUAAAGAAGUUUUCUCUCCAGACAGAGUUGAAGAGGAAAGAAAUCUUGCAAAUUGUUUUCUCUCCUCGAUGAAAAUCAACAGGCUGUUUGCAAUUAUCGAUGAUAAUCUGGUGAAGUAUGACAAUGAACGGAUCAGUAGCGUACAUGGGCACCAACAGAUCCAACAAAUGGCUGAUCUUGCGAGUAAGUGCUUAAGAAUGAAGGGAGAGAAUAGACCUACAAUGAAAGAAGUAGCCAUGGUGUUACACGGGUUGAUGAUGAAAACUUCUAGUCAAACUGAUGUCUUGGAUGAUGACUAUAUCUUUAUGAGCGCAAUCAAAGAAGAACGUAUGCUCUUAUCAGAAUCAGCCAAGCUAAUAUACACAGACAGCAUUACAACUAUUGGUGAUAGCAGCAAGGGGAUGGUUGCCUUAGAAACCGAGGGACGUUAAUGGACUAUCCUGCCUCACAUUGUGUAGUAUUAUUUUUGCUGUUUAGCAUUUUAAAAGUUACUCUGAAAUGAAGUAUUCGAUGUCCUGGAUACAGUAAAUAAAUCAGAGGUUCGAGUA